CUGAGGAGUGGAGCAUCUUCUUUGGUGGCGGGUGGGUGUGAGGAGGAGGCGGCUGAAGGCUCUUACUGUGUCUGGUAACGCACAGCGGACCCUCAUCAUUGGACUGCGAGAAAGCGGGAGCGCUGCGAGGUAGGACAAGAGAAGAUAUAAAGGGGUGGGGGGAGUCCACAACACAGGGACUCGAAGAGGCUUCAUAAAAGGCAAAGCUCAUCUUUGCUGGACGGUGUUGUAAAGCAAGAGAAACCAGACGUCAAGAAGAACACCUAAAAUCUGGGUCACCACGAGCGUUCCCUCUUUUUGGAACACCCUGAACCCAGGCUUCCAGCCCAGCCCACCGCGCGUCAGGUGAGCGGCCGCCACCUCCUCUGCCGCUGCAGGACCUGCGCCUCCAUGAACUUGCCAAGAGCUGAGCUCCUUCGCUCCACACCGCCGCGCAGCCUCCGGGGCUCGGACGGGGAAGACGGUGAGAUCGACAUCCUCGGAGAGGAGGAAGAUGAAGAUUACGAGGAGGAAGAGGAAGACGACGCCGGGGAGAGCCAGCAGUUCCUGGAGCAGCAGGGGGCGCGGCGGGGAGCUAGCGCACUUCCGGGCGAGUUCACGGUGAGCGGCGACCGCCCGAGCAACGCCCCCGAGUUUGGCACCAAGUUCAGGGCCCCGACGGAGUCUGCGGAGGCCUCCGGGGACGCCCCGCAGCCGGCGAAGCCCCCGUACUCGUACAUCGCGCUCAUCACCAUGGCCAUCCUGCAGAGUCCGCACAAGCGCCUGACUCUCAGCGGCAUCUGCGCCUUCAUCAGCGGCCGCUUCCCCUACUACCGCCGCAAGUUCCCCGCCUGGCAGAACAGCAUCCGCCACAACCUCUCGCUCAACGACUGCUUCGUCAAGAUCCCCCGCGAGCCGGGCCACCCGGGCAAGGGCAACUACUGGAGCCUGGACCCGGCCUCCCAGGACAUGUUCGACAACGGCAGCUUCCUCCGGCGCAGGAAGCGCUUCAAGCGCCACCACCCGCCCCCCGGAGCCCACCUGCACCACCCCUUCCCCCUGCUCGCGGCGCCCGCCGCCCUGCACGGCCCCUACCCGGGCCUGCUGCUCGGGUCGCCAGCCCCGUUGCAGCCUGUCCCGGGGGCCUACCCCACCGCCGCCCCCGGGAGCCGCCAGUGCGCGCUGCUGCACCCUCACCCUCUACGCUACCUGCUACUGUCCGCCCCGGCCUAUGCUGAGGCACCGAGUAAAGCGCAGGGCGCGGACCUGGGGACCCCGGCGCCAUUCCGGUGUUUCAGUCCUCAGUGGGCUCCCAGCCGCGGGAGGAGGGCAAGGGGCCCGCGUCGCAGCCGGGAGGCGGAUGCACUUCCUUCAGCAUCGAGAGUAUCAUGCAAGGGGUUAGAGGAGGGGGUACAGGGGACGCGCAGAGUCAGCCCACGACCCCGUGGGGCUACUGCCACUUGCUGCAACGCCCGUCUUGCCUGUUGCGUCCCCAGGCCGCUGUCCCCUUGCUACACGUGUCCGCUGCCACCGCCACAAAUGCUGCCAGGACGAUGUUGCAGCAGCAGCAGCAGCAGCAGCAGCAGCAGCAGCAGCAGCAGCAGCAGCAGCAGCAGCAGCAGGACUGUGCCAGCAAAGGCUCACUGCUAGGCAGGCACCUGUCGGCCCCCGCGGCGCUGCAGGGGUGUCAGCCCGGAGCAGAGGGCUCUAGGCUGAAGUCGGGCAGAGAGGGGACCUCGCCGGCCUUUUGAGUAGCACCCACAUCCUGCCCUGGCACCAACUCCGCGGAUCGGACCUGGAGCCAAACUGGAGAGCGAGCGAGCCGGAUCCCGCCCUCCCCGACCCCUGACCUCGCGCACUUUGCCUUGCACGGUCCGGACUAGGCAUGUGCCUGGGCAUGCCGCAGCAGAGCAACAACCAAUUUCGGCUUGCUGCGAAAUAUUUACAAAGGAAAAGUUAGACACUGUUCCCUUAAGACAACCUGAAAAUAAACUUCAUAUGAUGUCAAGUCUCACCUUUUCUUUUCCAGUCUCCAGUGUGGCUUCCAGGGCUUGCCCGAUUUGCUCAUUUCCAGAGGAACUAUGAACGUGAGUGGGGCAUUUUGUUCUGGUAGUAAAAAGAAAAAAAGAAGAUACGAUGUCCAACGCAUAACACGUUUCCCCUUCUUUGCUCCCUAGAAACUGCAAGUAUUAUUCCCGAGUCCAGUGCAAAAUGCUCAUGCCCUUUAUGUCUUCCUAAAAUCCAUGUGUAAUAUAAGAAUUUUAAUUUCACAGCAUUUAUUUCUGAUUUGUGUCUGAUGUGCCAGUUUCC